AUGCAUAAAGAAACCCAGCCGUCUUUUCAAGUGACAGCCCUCGCAGGCCCGCCCCGGCUGUCCAUUCACAAUCCCCCUCCUCCCAAAUCUUACGGGAAAAACGAGCCUGCAUGGGUGGAUGCCCUCUCCGGGAGCCCUGCAGACCCUUCUGAUCAUAAAGACCAACAUAACGAGUGGCGAGUCAAAAGCACCGAUUACUCUAUAGGCUACGGCUCAGAAGCGCAUCACCUCAUCGUGCCAGGAUUGAGAGAAGAUGGGAAGCUGGUCUAUCAGACAUUGCAUUCUAGGCGAAGUAGAAACCGUCAUGAGAUGGGGUACAUGGAUAAUGAACCGUCGCAUCCUGCGUGGUGGGAUGAGCAAAUGAAGAAGUCGACCGAGUGGUUCAUCAAGUUUAGGGAGGAUGGGGGUAUGCAACCUCCAACAGCCGAAGGCCAAGAGAAAAGGAUUACAGAUCAAGACGGAAACCUCAUCAAGGACGACGAGCAGGCGCAAAAAGUCUUGUCCAUGUGGUCAUCAAUCGUGAUACCAGACUUUGAAGAUGCGCUGGACAAGAAUAAAAGCAGCUAUUACGGCGGUUACAACGGGGGCAGUCGCCCCCACGCGACUGUCAUCAGCAAAGAUGAUGUCAGCACUGCUCUAACAUCGAAGCCGUAUCAUUCUGGCGACGGAGCGAAGCCUCCAGAUGCAACACUAUCCUUCAAUAAAAACUUUCAACCUGAUCCCGAAAACGUCAUCAUUCGUGUCAAAGACGCCCCCAGAUGGGAAAGGGAACGAAACAAUGGACCAACCAGAGGGAGCUCGCACUUGCUCAUCCACUCCGAGUACUCCAAGUCCUUCCUUCCAAGCACGACAGCAAUGCUGGCCUACCCUGCUAACCUUGAAGAUCUGGACAAACUGUCUACAGAAGCCCGAACACUGUGCGAUGGGACCGACGAGGAUGCCACCGCGUACAUGCAGCAGAUGAUCAAGAACGCCGGGACGGCUUUUGAUCUCUUUGAUAAAGAUCGCCAUCACUCGACAACAAUCGAGGAAAGUAUCUUCCCUUACCACAAUCGAGGUUACCAGGUUGGCAGACUUGAUCGUGAGCGUAGAGCCACUGCACGAUCCAACUACAUUGCUGCCUCGGUAUGCCGUGCGUUUGACGAGCAAGAUAUGAGGAACAGCACGCGCAGUGGAUCUUAUAUACCACCGUACGUCUCUGCACCGAGCAAGUACGCCUGGGAUCAAGCCCUCAAGACCGGAUGGAUUGAGGCUAGCAGUUUGCAUGGUCCACCUAAUGCGAUUGAGGAAAUCUUGGAAGAUACCGAGCAGCGUUUGGCUGCUCACACGGGAACUGGGACAAGAGUCGAAGGUGAAGCACCACCACCCUCGUAUGGGGAUACCAUAGAGCUGGGGGAGACAGGAUUUACUGCCCCCAUCACAUCAGGAUUGGGCUCCAGCAUUUCAGUUUUCCCAAGCGAACACAUUGACCACCCAGAACCGAGAGGAGGUCCGAGCAAAAAGGAGCCAGCUGGCUACGAAGAUGACGACACUAUUCUCUUGGGACAACCCACUGCUGCUGCCGCCAGCUCGUCUGGUACUAGACAGGCAUCGCAGUAUGGCGUCUCACACUUGUCGCCUACAGGCCGCGAAACUAUCACUAAUAUCACGCGUGUGGGCGGGGGUGGUAGAUCGCCUGGCGGUUCUCGUCAUCGCAGACGCAGCAGACUACUUAGCUUUUGUGGAAACAGUGAUGAGAGCUCCGAUGAGUGA